CGGCUCUGAGGGCGGGAGCGGCAGACUCCGCUGCCAACUCUGCCGGCGUCCUGGCUCGGGCAGCGCCGAGGGGCGCUCCUGCUCCAGCUCUCCCGGCUCCCCCGUUCCUCCCCUAGGCGCCCGCGCCCCGGGCUCCCUGCCUCCGCCACUGCUGCCUGCGUAGAGCGGCGCUGCGCGCCACGGCGAUGGGAGAGAAGGAGGGCGGUGGCGGCGGUGAUGCCGCAUCCGCGGAGGGAGGCGCAGGGGCCCUGGCCAGCCGGGCGCUGCAGUACUGCGGGCAGCUCCAGAAGCUCGUCGGCAUCUCCAUGGGCACCCUGCUCGAGCUGCGCACCAAGUGCGCUGUGUCCAACAACCUCAGCCAGCAGGAGAUACAGACCAUGGAGGUGAACAAGCCUGGAUCAUUCCCUCACCCUAACUGGCUGUUGGGCGAGCCUGAAGCUUCCCUUUGCCAUAAUGGCGGGGCAUGCAACAACUGGAGUGGCAAGCCGUGUCUCAGGCUCCCGUUCAAGAAAUUCAUAAGGCUGAGGCGGCGGUGGCAAUUCCCGACCUUCCCCUAAAGGCACAGUAGGUGGCACUGUUUCUGCAGUAGGUGGAACUGUUUCUUUCAUCAGUUGGUUGGAGCAACUCUAUUUGUGGAAUCUACAAAGGGACAUUUUGGACUCCAUUGAGGCCUAUAGUGAAAAACCAAUUAUCCAGUGAUUAAAACUAGUAGCAGGUUAUUUGUAAAAAUGUUUUGCAAUGUGUGUAUUUGUCUCACAGAGUUAAACCUUUGUUUUGAUUCAGCAGUUUGGCAAUAUUCUUUUUGCACAACCUGUGAAGAGACAUUUCGAAGCUCACUGAGGCCUAUAGUUAAACAACAAAUAUUUUGAGAUAAAAACUAGAAACGUGCUAUAUUUGAAAAUGUCUGGCAAUGUGUGGAUACAUCUCACAUGCUUAAACAUUUGUUUUGAUUCAGAAGGUUGGAAACACUCUUUUUGUAGAAUUUACAAAGGGACAUUUUGGCACCUAUUGAAGCCUACAAUGAAAAACUGAAUAUCCCACUAUAAAAACUAGUAACAAGCUUUCUGGGCAAAUGCCUUGUGACAUGUGGAUUCAUCUCACAGAUUUAAACCUUAGUUUUUAUUCAGCUGCUUUAGAAAACUCUUUUUGUUGAAUCUAUAAAGGGACAUUACUGAGUCAAUUGAGGCUAUUUUUCCUAUAGUGAAAAAUCAAAUAUUCGAGGAUAAAAACUAGAAACAAGCUAUCUUUGAAAAUGCUUUGCCAUGUGUAGAUUCAUCUCACAGAGUUUGAUCUUCUUGUGAUUAAACAGGUUGGAAAUACUAUUUUUGUAGAAUCUACAAAGGGACCUUAUGAAACCCAUUUAGGCCUAUAGUAAAAAACCGAAUAUCCCACGAUAAAAACUAGAAACAAGCUAUCUGUGAAUAUGCUUUGCGAUGUUUGGAUUCAACUCACACAGUUAAACCUUUAUUUUGAUUCAGCACUUGGAAAUCCUAUUUAUGUAGAAUCACUGAAUUGACAUUUCAGAACCCAUUGAGGCCUAAAGUAGAAAACCGAAUAUCCCUCGAAAGAAAAAUAAAACAAGCAAUCUGUGAAAAUGCUUUGUGAUGUGUGAAUUCACUUCACAGAGUUAAACAUUUAUUUUAAUUCAGCAGGUUGAUAGCACUCGUUUUGUAGAAUCUAUGAAGGGACAUUUCAGAGCCCAUUAAAGCCUGUAGGGAUAUACAAAAUGUCCCGUGAUAAAACAGGCACCCACCACCAUGCCCGGCUAAUUUUUGUAUUUUUAGUAGAGA